AUGUACAAGCGUCGGGAUUAUGUGGAUCUCUAUGAGAAGGAUCAGGCCAAGUGGGCUUUAUUGAGAAAUGUCAACACUGUGUUUAAACACUCAACGCUCCUACCGGGCGAUUAUGUCUGGCUGGACCUGAAGACGGGUCAUGAGUUUGAGGUCCCGAUUGGAGCCGUCGUGAAACUUUGUGAUUCUGGACAGAUUCAAGUUCUGGAUGACGAAGGAAAUGAACACUGGAUCUCUCCUCAAAAUGCCACCAACAUCAAGCCGAUGCACCCGACCUCCAUUCACGGCGUGGAGGACAUGAUCCGGCUGGGGGAUCUGAACGAGGCAGGAAUCCUCCGAAAUCUGCUCAUCCGAUACCGAGAACACCUCAUCUAUACAUAUACGGGGUCCAUCUUAGUGGCUGUAAACCCGUAUCAGCUGCUUCCCAUUUACACAGCAGACCAGAUUCGCCUUUAUACCAAUAAAAAGAUCGGAGAAAUGCCUCCACACAUCUUCGCCAUUGCAGACAACUGCUAUUUCAACAUGCAGCGCAACAACAAAGACCAGUGCUGCAUCAUCAGUGGUGAAUCUGGAGCUGGAAAAACAGAAAGCACCAAACUGAUUCUGCAGUUUCUGGCAGCCAUCAGUGGGCAGCACUCCUGGAUCGAGCAGCAGGUGCUGGAGGCAAAUCCCAUCCUGGAAGCCUUUGGAAAUGCUAAAACCAUCCGAAACGACAACUCAAGCCGCUUUGGGAAGUACAUCGACAUUCAUUUCAACAAAAGAGGAGCCAUAGAGGGAGCAAAGAUCGAGCAGUAUCUUCUGGAGAAAUCCAGAGUGUGUCGACAGGCCCGUGAUGAGAGAAACUACCACAUUUUCUACUGUAUGCUGAAGGGAAUGACUCCAGACCAGAAGAAGCAGCUGGGUUUGAGUAAAGCCACAGACUACACUUACCUCACUAUAGGGAACUGCACUGUUUGCGACGGUCGAGAUGAUCAGAAGGAAUACUCCAACAUCAGAUCGGCCAUGAAGGUGCUCAUGUUCACCGAUAAGGAGAACUGGGAGAUCUCCAAGCUGCUGGCAGCUAUUCUGCACAUGGGCAACCUCCAUUACGAGGCCCGCACAUAUGAUAACCUGGAUGCCUGUGAGGUGGUGCGCUGUUCAGAUCUCACCACCGCUGCUGUUUUACUGGAGGUGGACUUGAAAGAUCUGAUGAACUGUUUGACCAGCCGAACUAUAAUAACGCGUGGAGAGACCGUGUCCACUCCGCUCAGCAUUGAACAGGCACUGGACGUGAGGGACGCUUUUGUUAAGGGCAUUUAUGGCCGUUUGUUUGUGUGGAUUGUUGAGAAAAUCAACGCAGCCAUUUAUAAACCUCCAUCUCUGGAGCUGAAAGUGGUGCGGAGAUCCAUCGGCCUAUUAGACAUAUUCGGCUUCGAGAACUUUAUGGUUAACAGCUUUGAGCAGCUGUGCAUCAACUUUGCCAAUGAAAACCUGCAGCAGUUUUUCGUCCGUCAUGUGUUCAAGCUGGAGCAGGAGGAAUAUAACCUGGAGAACAUCAACUGGCAGCACAUCGAGUUCACAGACAACCAGGACGCUUUAGACAUGAUCGCCAUAAAGCCCAUGAACAUCAUCUCUCUCAUCGACGAGGAGAGCAAGUUUCCAAAGGGCACAGAUACCACCAUGCUUAACAAACUCAACUCUCAACACAAGCUCAACACAAACUACAUCCCACCCAAAAACACCUAUGAAACACAGUUUGGGAUCCAGCACUUUGCUGGAGUGGUUUACUACGAGACCAGAGGUUUUCUGGAGAAGAAUCGAGACACUCUGCAUGGUGACAUCAUUCAGCUCGUUCACUCCUCUAAAAACAAGUUCAUCAAGCAGAUCUUUCAGGCGGAUGUCGCUAUGGGAGCAGAGACCCGUAAGCGCUCUCCGACUCUGAGCAGUCAGUUCAAGCGUUCUCUGGAGCUGUUAAUGCGCACACUGAGUGUCUGCCAGCCGUUCUUCGUCCGCUGCAUCAAACCCAAUGAAUACAAGAAACCCAUGCUCUUUGAUCGUGAGCUGUGUGUGCGGCAGCUCCGUUAUUCUGGCAUGAUGGAGACCAUCCGGAUUCGCCGGGCCGGAUACCCCAUCCGAUACACGUUUGUGGAAUUUGUGGACCGAUACCGUGUUUUAAUGCCUGGAGUGAAACCUGCUUACAAACAGGAGGACCUGAGAGGAACCUGUCAGCGUAUUGCUGAAGCUGUAUUGGGUCGUGAUGAUGACUGGCAGAUGGGGAAAACUAAAAUAUUCCUCAAGGACCAUCAUGACAUGCUGCUGGAGAUCGAGAGGGACAAGGCCAUUACUGAUAAGGUCAUUCUCAUUCAGAAAGUUGUACGAGGAUUCAAGGACAGAUCCAACUUCCUGAAAAUGAAGAAAUCAGCUAUGCUAAUUCAGAAGACAUGGCGGGGUUAUUACUGCCGGAAGAACUACGGAGCGAUGCGUGGCGGUUUCUCACGUCUGCAGGCGCUAUAUAGAUCUCGUAAACUCUACCAGACGUAUCACGUGGCACGGCAGAGAAUCACGCUCUUCCAGGGCCGAUGCAGAGGUUUUUUGGUGCGCAGAGCGUUUCGCCACCGCCUGUGGGCUGUGAUCACAAUCCAGGCGUAUACGAGAGGAAUGAUCGCCCGCCGGCUCUACAAACGACUCAAAGGAGAGUACCGGCGGCGUUUGGAGGCUGAAAAGUUACGUCUGGCCGAAGAGCAGAAGCUCAGGAAUCAGAUGAGCGCCAGAAAGGCCAAAGAGGAAGCUGAAAAGAUGCACCAAGAGAGAUUGGCACAGCUGGCGCGAGAAGACGCCGAGCGGGAGAAGAAGGAGCGGCAGGAGGCUCGCAGGAAAAUGGAGAUGUUGGACCAGAUGGAGAAAGCCAAACAGGAGCCGGUCAACGAUUCUGACAUGGUGGAUAAGAUGUUCGGCUUCUUGGGAACCACAAACUCUUUCCCUGGUCAGGAAGGUCAAGCGCCUGCUGGGUUUGAGGAUCUGGAGCGAACGCACCGGGAGCUGGAGGUGGAGGAUCUGGAUGAGUCUCUUCCGCUCCCGGAGGAUGAUCUGGAGGACCUGUCCGAGUACAAAUUCGCCAAGUUUUCUGCCACAUAUUUCCAGGGCACGAGCACACACACAUACAUGCGGCGGCCAUUAAAACAGCCAUUACUGUUUCAUGAGGACGAAGGAGAUCAGCUGGCAGCUCUAGCCGUGUGGAUCACUGUCCUGCGAUUCAUGGGUGACCUUCCCGAACCCAAAUACCACACGGCCAUCAGCGACGGCAGCGAGAAGAUCCCUGUCAUGACUAAGAUCUACGAGACGCUUGGAAAGAAAACCUACAAGAGGGAACUGCAGGCGCUGCAGGGAGAAGGAGAGAACGCUCACAUUGACAGUCACAAGAAGAGCAGCGUGCGGCACAAACUGGUGUCGCUCACCCUGAAGAAGAAGUCCAAAAUUACAGAGGAGGUGACCAAGCGUCUGAAUGAUGGCGAAUACACCGUUCAUGGAAACAGCAUGUUGGAGGAUCGACCCACGUCCAAUCUGGAGAAACUGCACUUCAUCAUCGGCAACGGCAUCUUGCGUCCGGGCCUGAGAGAUGAGAUCUACUGUCAGAUCUGUAAACAGCUGAAUCAGAAUCCGUCUAAAAGCAGUCACGCUCGCGGCUGGAUCCUCAUGUCUCUGUGUGUCGGCUGCUUUGCUCCCUCUGAGAAGUUUGUCAAGUAUCUGAGGAACUUCAUCAGUGAAGGUCCACCAGGUUACGCUCCUUACUGUGAGGAGAGACUGAGGAGAACGUUUGUGAACGGGACAAGAACACAGCCGCCGUCCUGGCUCGAGCUUCAGGCCACAAAAUCGAAGAAGCCCAUAAUGCUGCCGGUGACGUUUAUGGACGGCACCACAAAAACGCUGCUGACAGACUCUGCCACUACAGCUAAAGAGCUCUGCAACGCUCUGUCUGACAAGAUCAGCCUUCAGGACCGCUUCGGCUUCUCCCUCUACAUCGCACUCUUUGAUAAGGUUUCGUCUCUGGGCAGCGGAAAUGAUCAUGUGAUGGACGCCGUGUCUCAGUGUGAACAGUAUGCUAAAGAGCAGGGCGCUCAGGAGCGAAACGCCCCCUGGAGGCUGUUCUUCAGGAAGGAGAUCUUCACGCCGUGGCACGACCCAUCCGAGGACGCCGUCGCCACAAACCUCAUUUACCAGCAGAUCGUACGCGGCGUCAAGUUUGGUGAAUACCGCUGUGAUCGGGAGGAUCUGGCAGAGCUGGCGUCGCAGCAGUAUUAUGUAGAUUACGGCUCUGAGAUCCUCGUUGAGAGACUGUUGAGUCUGAUUCCCUCCUACAUCCCGGACAGAGAGAUCAGCUCGGCCAAAACUGUGGAGAGAUGGGCUCAGUUCAUCAUGGCUGCGCACAAGAAGGGUGUCUACACUCAGAAAAGGGUGGAUCCUCAGAAAGUCAAGGAGGAAGUUGUUGAUUUUGCACGUUAUAAGUGGCCUUUAUUAUUCUCCAGAUUCUACGAGGCCUUCAAGUUUUCAGGUCCAAGUUUACCCAAGAAUGAUGUGAUCGUGGCUGUAAACUGGACCGGUGUGUAUUUUGUAGACGAGCAGGAGCAGGUUCUUCUGGAGCUCUCCUUCCCAGAGAUCACAGCCGUGUCCAGCAGCAAAGGAGGGAAACUUCAGGCUCAGAGUUUCACUUUGGCCACCAUUAAAGCAGACGAGUUCACCUUCACCUCGAAUAAUGCAGAGGACAUUCGGGACCUGGUGGUCACUUUCCUGGAGGGGCUGCGCAAGAGGUCAAAGUUUGUCGUGGCUUUGCAGGACAAUCCCAGUCCAGCUGCUGAUGACUCCACAUUCCUGAGUUUCCUGAAGGGGGAUCUGAUCGUUCUGGACCAGGACACCGGUGAGCAGGUCAUGACGUCCGGCUGGGCUCACGGCACCAACGACAGGACCAAACAGAGAGGAGACUUUCCUGCUGACUGCGUUUACGUGCUGCCCACCGUGGUCAGACCACCACACGACGUCGUGGCUUUUGUCACGAUGACCCCAGACCAGCGUCAGGAGUCGCUCCGUAUCUCACACGUCCCAGCACUGACCGAGACAGAGGAGAGGAUAAAGCCUUACACGCUGGAGGAGUUCUCCUAUGACUACUUCAGGCCUCCUCCUAAACACACUCUGAGUCGAGUGAUGAUCACCAAGAACAGAGGGAAGGAUAAACUGUGGUGCUGCACUCGAGAGCCCAUCAAACAGGCGCUGCUGAAGAAGUGUGUGGGACAUGAGGAGCUCUCGCAGGAGGCCUGCAUGGCAUUCAUCGCGGUAAUGAAGUAUAUGGGUGAUUAUCCGUCUAAACGCACGCGCUCAGUGAACGAGCUCACGGAUCAGAUCUUUGAAGGAGCGCUGAAGGCCGAACCGCUUAAAGAUGAGAUUUACUGUCAGAUCCUCAAACAGCUGACAGAAAACCACAUCAAGUACAGUGAGGAGAAGGGCUGGGAGCUGCUCUGGCUGUGUGUGGGUCUCUUUCCUCCCAGUAAUGUCCUCCUACCGCACGUCCAGCGCUUUCUGCAGUCCAAGAAACAUCAUCCUCUGGCUCUGGACUGCAUGCAGAGACUACAGAAAGCCUUACGGAACGGCUCCAGGAAAUAUCCUCCUCACCUGGUGGAGGUGGAGGCCAUUCAACACAAGACCACGCAGAUCUUUCACAAGGUUUACUUCCCUGAUGACACAGAUGAGGCGUUUGAGGUGGAGUCCAGCACAAAGGCUAAAGACUUCUGUCUGAACAUCUCCAGCAGACUGUUACUCAAAACACCCGAAGGCUUCAGUCUGUUCGUCAAGAUCUCUGACAAGGUGAUCAGUGUGCCUGAGGGAGAUUUCUUCUUCGACUUUGUCCGCCAUUUGACCGAUUGGAUCAAGAAAGCGAGACCUGCUAAAGACGGUAUAGUGCCUUCACUGACCUACCAGGUGUUUUUCAUGAAGAAGUUAUGGACGACCACCGUUCCAGGCAAAGACUCCUUCGCAGACUCCAUCUUCCACUAUUAUCAGGAGCUUCCUAAAUAUCUGCGAGGAUAUCACAAGUGCUCCAGAGAGGAGGUUUUCCAGCUCGGUGCUCUCAUCUACCGGGUUAAAUUUGAGGAUGACAAAUCUCACUUUCCCAGCAUUCCCAAAAUACUGAAGGAGAUGAUUCCUCAAGACCUGAUUCGCCAGCUCUCACCCGACGACUGGAAAAGGUCGAUUGUGGCGUACUUUAACAGGCAUGCUGGGAAAUCAAGAGAAGAAGCCAAGCUGAUGUUUCUGAAGAUCAUUUUCAAAUGGCCCACGUUUGGUUCGGCCUUCUUUGAAGUAAAACAAACCACAGAGCCGCACUUCCCUGAGAUCCUGCUGAUCGCCAUCAACAAAUAUGGAGUCAGUCUGAUCGACCCCAAAAACAAGGACAUUUUAACCACUUAUCCCUUCACCAAAAUCUCCAACUGGAGCAGCGGCAACACGUACUUCCACAUCACAAUCGGCAACCUGGUUCAGGGCAGCAAACUCCUGUGUGAGACCUCACUGGGCUAUAAAAUGGACGACCUGUUGACAUCCUACAUUAGCCAGAUGCUAACCACCAUGAGCAAACAGCGAAACUCACGCGGCGGCAGCAGCAAGUGAACGUUUGAUUGGCUGGAGGCGGUGGAGCUGGUGCGUCUGCUGCGUCCCAUUGGCCAGCCCUGCAGCUGGGGGCGGGCCUUCGCGGCGCAACUCUGGCGAAUGAGCAGAACUCCCUCUGCCAGCACACAGAGCUCAAUGUACCCGGAUGAAGACUCUUCCUCUGAGGACGACUACCUCUGAACACACACAUGCGCGCGGAUUCAUCAGUUUCUCCAGAAUAUGUGUUUUAUGUGUCCAGAUGCACAUUUUAGGUACCGUUUAUUACGUUUUGUGAGUCGAAUAUAAACUGGAAUGGCUUCUCUGCAUCCCCAACUGCUCUAAACAAGCAGCGUUUGGGUUAUUUAUGUGUAAAUGCACUAAGAAAACAAUCGCCCCUUUCACACAUGCAGACUUUUCUGGAAAAUUACUGCCAAUUUUCCAGUAAGAAAUCAUGUGUUGACUCCGUUUUUUGGAAAUAUCGGUAAAUUCGUUCCAGCAAUUUUCCGUAUAGGGAUCAUGUGUGUAUGGGCCCUUUUAGAAAAUAUCAGUAAAUUCGUUGCAGCAAUUUUCCGAUAAGAGAAGUUACAUUACAGAUAAUUUGCCAGAAUGCUGCUCUGUGUGAACGCAGAAGGAAAAUUGCUGGAAAAAUCGGGUUCACAUUUAGAAAGGGCUGACGUGAGAUGUCUAGUCUAUUUGGUUGUUUGUCUGCUCCAUUGCCACCACUAGGCAUGUGCCGGUAUCACAUUUUCAUGCUGCGAUUAAUUGAUUGAGCUUUUAUCACGGUAUACGGUAUUAUCACGAUAUUGUAAUUUUACUAGAGAAACAGGUAAAAAAACACAAAAAACUUCAGUUUCGUCAACUUAGUAACUUUAAUAACUUUUUAAUUAACUAAAGGUACUUUAAACAUUUAAAUAUAAAUAAAACAAUACACAAUAUAAAAGUAAACUUGAGCAAUUAUAUGAAAGUUAAUGUGCAAAGGGAAACCGUCUUCGAUCAGCAAUGCCUCUGCAUUUUUUUGGAACCCAAAAUAUUUCCAAACCUCUGACUUUUUUUUUGAAGGGGGAAAAAUUGUCGGCAGCGUUCCUCCUUCCGCCAUGCUUCUUCUUCGUGUGAGGAUUAGAGAGCGGUGGCAGCGGCGGCGCGCACUGUGUGCACACAGGGCUUCUACAUGUGGGGAUUGUUUACAUCAGAGUGCGCAUCAGUUCUGCGCAGCAUAUACGCAGUGUUUCUUCAAGCGGUUGAUGGAAAAUAAGCUGAAGGGGGAUAAAUUGUCGGCAGCGUUCCUCCUUCCGCCAUGCUUCUUCUUCGUUUGAGGAUUAUAGUGCGGUGGCAGCAGCGGCGCGCGCUGUGUGCACACAGUGCUUCUACAUGUGGGGAUUGUUUACAUCAGAGUGCGCAUCAGUUCUGCGCAGCAUAUACGCAGUGUUUCUUCAAGCGGUUGAUGGAAAAUAAGCUAAGGCGCGUCCUAAGAAUAUAAAUUCGGAUCUAUUAUUUUUCACGGUAUUUUGAAGUGCCCGCGAUAACAAUAUCGUGCAUAUUCAUUACCGUGAUUUAUCGCAUUACGGAAUACCGGCACAAGCCUAGCCACCACCAUUAACAAAAAGGGUCAUACAUUUUAAAUGUUGCUGUAACCCUAGCGUUUCCAUCUUAAAUAACCGUAACACCAACCAAUCAGAACAUUCACUGUUUAUGAAAAUAAACGCCUUUCAAUCUUUCUCCAGACACAUUUAGCUGCUGCUUGUUAGUCAGGUAAUGCCACGGUCACACUCCAGUUUCAGCAUGCGAAAAGGGGCGGGAUUAAACAAGAAUAUUAGACAUUUAAAAAAAGUGAGCGACUGCUCCAUAAUUAAAAUUUCUGUACAGAGAAGUCAUGUUUUGACCUUCGAUUGGUCUUACGCAUUCACAUGAUGCGAUUUCGCAGAUCAGAGUUCCCCAAGCUUGAACUUUGCAAUACAGCGAACUGCAAAACUUGUCGCAUGAGCUUGCAUUUCCGGUUGGACGCAUUCGCGUGUGUUAUAUAGAAAAGUCUAUGGGGAGAAAAGUCCAGUGUGACCGCAGCUUCACGUUUCUGUUUCUCCUUAGUGUCAACUGUGGAAAAAAUUAUCGAUAAAAUGCUUGCGAUUAAACUGCUUUGAGUUUAUCUGCACAGUCUGCGUGAGGCGCGUGUACUUGAGAAAGAGUUCCUUCAUAUCAUCAGCAUUUGUAACAGCAUUUGGCUGUUUAUUUUAGCUGCGAUUAGCGCUUCUGCCUUCGGAUGGUAGCGAAUUAUUUUAUUUUAUUUAUUUUUUUCGCUAGUUAUUUGGUCUGUUUCUUGGACAAAAGCAGCUACAUUAAUGCUAAAGUUUUAAAUAAAAGUGAAACCAUCAACCCUUUAUGUUUGCAAAUUCAAGCGCAGCAGUUUAGAGCUCAUUUCUGAAUAAUAAUCUCAGAAUUUACCACUAUUUUGGAAUGAAUGUGUGAAUGGUCUUUACCAGAAAAAAAUCUGGAACGUCCUUGCCUGUGUGAAUAGUGCAUUUUUGAGUUUACCAGUAAAGUUGUUCCGGUAAUUUUCCAGAUAUUUACUGGUGUCACUGUGUGAAAGGGGCUAAUAUGUGCACGACUUCUGGAGAGUAUUUGAUUGAUUCUUUAUAAUGGCGGCAAAAAAGAACUUUUAUAACGGUUUAAAUGUUGGUUUGUGUUCUAUUUUAGAAUGUUGUGAUUUAAACUGUUUUUAAAAAUUGUAGUUGUUGCACUGCAGGCCUUAAUAUAAUCAUUAUUAUUAUUAUUUAGAAUAUGAGUAACUGUUUUUUAACAGUACAUGAUCAGCAUUCAUCUUUAGCCAUAAGCUCAUUUCCACCAGUCAUAACCUUAAUACAGAUUAUAUCAAGUGUACUUUGAGAAGCAGAAAUAAGAAUGAUAAAAAUGAAUGGCCUUAUUUAAAAAUUGAUCUAAAAAUGCAUCUACAGCUGAAGUCAAAAUGAUUCGCCCUCCUGUAAACUUAUUUUUCUUUUUUAAAUAUUUCCCAAAUGAUGUUUAACAGCGCAUGGAAUUUUUCACAGUAUUUUCUAUUAUAGUUUUUCUUCUGGAAAAAGUCUUAUUUGCUCUAUUUCGGCUAGAAAAAAAGUAGUUUUUAAUAAACAUUUUAAGGUCAAUAUUAUUAGCCUCCUUAAUCUAUAUUUGUUUUGAAUUGUGUGCAGAACAAACCACUGUUAUACAAUGACUUGCCUAAUUACCCUAACUUUACCCUAAUUAACCUAGUUAAGCCUUUUAAUGUCACUUUAAGCUGUAUAGAAGUGUCUUGUAAAAUAUCUAGUCAAAUAAUAUUUACUGUCAUCAUGGUAAAGAGAAAAGAAAUGAGUUAUUAAAACUAUUAUGAUUAGAAAUGUAUUAAUCAGAAAUAUAUAUAUGUGGAAAAUAUAUGGGGGAGGGGGGCUAAUAAUUAUGACUUCAACUGUAUAUUAAUGCUUAAAGGUGAAGUCUGUCAAGAACAUCAUCAGCUCAUAUUUCACAUUAAGGAAAGCAAUGAAACAAUAUUUAAGUCAGUUUUAAGAUGGUGGUGUUGAUGCAUCAUGGUUAAACAUGUGAAUGAGAUUCAGCAUUUUCUUGUCAACACCAAUUUACAAAAGUGAUUUUAUAUGCAUAGAAAGCAUGCUAAAUGUUUCAAAUUACUUUUUUUUGUUGGACAAAUGUCAGACUGAUGUUUUUCUUCACCGUUUAAUGUAAAAAGUAAACGUUGACCUGUACUAUUAAUCAGAGAUUUUUUAUAUCAUUAUUAAAAACUGACAAGUGAGUUAAACUUAGUGAUCUGAAGAAUAAAAUCAACAUAUGAUUUCAAAUGACAGUAUUUUGUGGCUAAAAUCGAGUCUUUUAAUACAUCAUUAUUGUUGCUCUAAAUAUUCCUGACAGGAUUUUAAGACAAACAACUAUUACAUUAAGGACAUUGAUUUUUAUUUAUUUAUUUUAGCGGAAGCCUCAUUGUGUUUCAUAGAAAUUCUCCCAGUAGCUGAUUAAAAGAAGAUGCUAGAAUAAACACUAAACAUCCACAAGUGAUCAAUUUUUGAAAAGAUUUGUAGAUUUGAUCUGUUCUUAAUUAGUUAAUUCACAGCCUUUAAUUGCACCAAAUGUCCUUUAUUCUGACUAACUGUAAGAUCAGAAUCUAACCUGAACACUGAAUUGUUUUCUUGUGUUUGUGUGCUAAUUAAAUGUAUGAACAAAUAAAGGGACAGUUCACCCAAAAGCCACUCUUCAAUCCUGUUUCAGUUUCUUUCUUCUGUUGAACACAAAAGAAGAUAUUUUGAAGAAUGUUGGAAACCUGUCACCAGCGACUUCCACAGUAUUUGUUUUUCCUACUACAGAAGUCAAUGGUUGCUGGUUUUCAGCAUUCCUCAAAAUAUCUUCUUUUAACGUUCAACAGAAGAAACUCAAAUGUUUAUAACCACUUGAAGGAGAGUAAAUAGAGAGUACAGUUUAUUUUUGUGUGAACUACCCCUUCAAAUACUACCGCCAUUAUUUUAUGUAAAGGCACCAUGUUAACAUAAACAUUUUAUAAUAAAUAUUACUGUCAAAAAUAAGUGCAGCAUUUCUUAUGUGGAUCAUAAAUU